ACUGAACCCUAGUCGUCGUCUGUGUCUCGCUCGUUGCUCCUCUCAUGUCUUGCUCGUUGCUCCUCUCCUCAGCCUCUGUCUUGCUCGUUCGUUGCCCACUGAACCCGACGGAGGAGCUCGUGGCCCGGCGGAGGAGGGGUCCACGCGUCCAGUAGCAGCAGCUCGUGGCCCGGUGAAGGAAGGGUCCAGGCGUCCAGCAGCAGCAGCUCGUGACCCAGUUGUUCGCCUGUUCGUGACCCGCUCGUGACCCGAUGGAGGAGCUCGUGACCCGGCGGAGGAGGGGUCAGCAGCAGCAGCUCGUGACCCGGUGGAGGAGGGGUCGAGCAGCAACAGUUGUUCCCCACGAGCUGUUCGCCACUGAUUGCUCGGCUGUAGAGUAGUACACUAGAAGAUGAACAGUGCGGUGGAAGUGUAGUGGAGUUGCAGCCAUCAUCGAUCGCCACCACACUGCUCCUACUCAUCGUCAUUAUCACCGUAUCUGCAGCACCUAGAUCAAGAGUGUAGACUGCUGCCAUUUUUCAUCCACAACCCCAAGCAGACAGCAGCCAUGUUAUCCCAACCUUAUCCACAGCAACAAGGAGGCAAGUUCUCCGAGAUUUGAUGCCAUUUUUCAUUUUUGAAAUAAGCUAGUUUACAUUUGUGAAUGAAGCUACUUUUCAUUUGUCAAUCUCUGCUAGUUGAUUAUAAUCUCUGCUUCAAGUGUAAACUGUAAACUCUGCUUUGCAAUUCUUUUUUUGUGCAUAGGUGAACCAUCAAGUGUAAACUCUGCUUCAAUUACUCAAAAAAUAUCAAAUGCUAUCAAGUCAGAUGACCCUACAUGGGAGCAUUGCUUUGUCCCGGAUAUGAGUAAGAAGCAAGCAAUACAGUGCAAGUACUGUGACAAGGUGAUCCAUGGUGGAAUUACUAGAGUUAAAUAUCAUCUUGCAAACAUUGGAGGUUUCAAUGUUACAAAGUGCAAGAAAGUUCCAGCACAUGUUAAGCAAGAGAUGGAGGCCUUUCUUACAAAGAAGACUGGUGAAAAAGAACAGAGAAAGAAGAAAAAACAAAGAGAUAGGGAUGAAAUUGAUCUAGAUAAAUCAGAUGGAUCCAAUGAAGAAGACAAUGGGCAUGAGAAUGAUGUUAUUGUGCUGAAAUCAACAAGGGAAAGUAAUAAUUGCAGCAGCUCUAGACCCCCAACAAAUGGUGGCAGUGGCACUAUUGACAACUUCUACAAGCCACAAUCUGUUGAAGAGUCUGACCACAAGAACAAAAUUCAAACAAAGUUGUCAACCCAUAAAAGAGAAGAGAGACGAGAUAGAGCUUGUGAGUAUAUAUGCCAAUUUUUUUAUGAAGCUGGAAUUGCACAUAAUACAAUAACCCUCCCAAGCUUUGGCCAUAUGCUUGAGGCAAUUGGAGCUUUUGGUAGAGGUCUGAGAGGUCCUAGUGCCUAUGAGAUGAGUGGACCAUUCUUGAAGAGAGCAAAGCAAAAGGUAUUGGAUAUAUUCAAGAAUCACCAUGAAUCAUGGCAGCUCACAGGUUGCUCGGUGAUGACAAAUGCAUGGACAGAUAGGAAGGGAAGGGGAGUGAUGAACUUGGUUGUCCAUAGUGCACAUGGGGUCUAUUUCUUAGAUUCAGUGGACUGCUCAACAGUAAAGAAAGAUGGAAAAUAUGUGUUUGACCUUGUGGACAGAUGCAUCCAAGAGAUACGGAAAGAAAAUGUUGUCCAAGUGGUGACUGACAAUGCAAGUGUCAACACAGCAGCAGCAAGUCUAAUGGCGGCAAAGACACCCUCCAUAUUUUGGACAGGAUGUGCAGCCCAUUGCUUAGAUCUGAUGCUUGAAGAUAUUGGGAAGCUUGGACCUAUGGAACAAACAAUUGCUAGUGCUAGACAGGUGACCACAUUCUUGUAUGCUCAUACAUGAGUGUUGGAUCUAAUGAGGAAAUUUCUUGGGAAUGACCUGGUUCGCUCUAAGGUUACUCGAUUUGCCACAGCAUAUUUGAAUCUAAAAAUUUUACAGGACAACAAGAAGGAUAUAGCAAGACUCUUUAGAUCGGAUGAACUCAAUGAAUUGGGUUACUUAAAGAAGGCAAAGGGAAAGAAAGCAAACAAAGUGGUGGCAUUAGAAGGAUUUUGGAAAAAUAUUGAUAUGGCUAUCAAUUUCUUUGAGCCAUUGGCUAAUGUGCUUAGGAGAAUGGACAGUGAUGUACCUGCCAUUGGUUUCUUCCAUGGAUGUAUGCUUGAGGCAAAGAAAGAAAUUGCUACAAGGUUUGAUAAUAAUGAAAGUAAAUACAGAGUUGCUUGGGACAUAAUUGAUAAAACAUGAGAUAACAAGUUGAAGACUCCAUUGCACUUGGAUGGGUACUACUUGAACCCAUACUUUUAUUACCCAAACAAGUCUAGCAUUGAGCUUGAUGGUUCCUUUAGAGCUGCAAUAAUUUCUUGCAUUACAAAGAUGUUUGAUGACGAAGACACUCAAGAUAGCAUAAUUGAAGAGCUCAGCAUAUACCAAGACCAACAAGGAGCAUUUGGGCAUGACAUUGCAGUCAGACAGAGGAGAAACAAGACCUUCAAUCCAGCAAAGUGGUGGAUGAACCAUGGCACAACCACACCACAUCUGAGGAUAUUAGCAACACGGAUUCUCAAUUUGACUUGUAGCUCCUCAGGUUGUGAGAGGGCCUGGUCAGUCUUUAAGCAGAUCCACACAAAGAAGCGAAACAAAUUACUGCAUGAUAGAAUGAGGGAUCUUGUCUUUGUGAAAUUUAAUUCUAAACUAAGGGAGAAGAGAGACAAAAAGAGCAAAGAUCCAAUAGAGAAGGAAUUGAACGAUAUUCUUUAGAAUGAUGGCAAUGAGGGAAUGGAACAGAUGUUGUUCUAGAUGAAAAUGUUGAUCAAGAUGAAGACCAUGAGGGUGCACAUGACGAACCAUCACCGGAACCAUCAAUCUCAAAAGCACAACUACCAGCCAAAAGAAAGAGGCAUGGGCAUCCUAGGAAAAAGAAACUUAGGAGCCUCAAAUCUCUCUUGUCUUGUGAUUUAGAGCGUGCAACAUGUGCUUCAUCUUCUGAAUCCGAAGAUAAUGAAUCUAUGCAGAUUGAAGCUUCAAAUUCAGAUUCUAGAGAUGAGUAGAACUGUUGAAGACUUACCAGUUACCAGUUUAUGCCUUGGUAUUUUAUCUAGUUGCAACUUAUUAAACUAAUGUCUUGGAACUUAGCAACUUUGCAAUUCCUUUUGAAGUACUUUUGUUGCUCA